AUGAAGCUUUACUCUGUCUCCCUUGCUCUUGCGGCUUGCCUGAGCAUGGUAACUGCCCAGGGCCUUGACGGUCUGCCUGAUUGUGCUAAAACAUGCGCUACGGGUGCCAUCCCCGCCAACUGCGGUCUUGACGUCAAGUGCAUCUGCAGCGACUCGUCCUUCCUUUCGGGUAUUUCCUGCUGUAUUGCCGGAUCAUGCCCUCAGGACCAGCAGCAGGAAGAAGCUCACCCAUUCUUUUCCCCAGCCGCCGUCCAAUUUGCGAACCAGAUAUGCAAAGGCGCCGGUGUGACCAACUUGCCUCAGUCUGCCAGCUGCGCGAGCGCAACUCAAUCUGCCACUGGCACAUCCUCUGGUUCGUCUGCGACUACUUCCGGAUCCUCUGCGACCACUUCUGGUUCUUCCUCCAACACGGCUACCAACGAGUCCAACACCACCGGCCAUAGUUCGACUGCGUCCCAGACCGCUGCAACUGCAACCACUUCCACCACUGGCAGCAGCAGCUCUGGCUCCGCGACCUCAUCUGCUAGUUCGACCGCCAAUACCAAUGCCGGGGCUGCCAUUGCUCAGCACAAGGACAUUGGUCUCAUUGCGGCUGCCGGUGCGGCGGCUGCGGCUUUCGGCUUGCUCGCUUAA